AUGGAGAAAUGCAUAUUCUGCAUGCUGUACCAGAAAGGUGCCAAUGUCAUUUACGAGACAGACAAAACCUUUGUGCUAAUGGACAGGUAUCCUCUAUCAAAAGGACAUUUCCUGGUUAUACCAAAGGUGCAUCAUGCCUAUUUCCACGAGUAUAAGCCUGAGGAGCUUUCCGACAUACUCGGCAUAAUCAAUCAUCUUGUCCAAAAGUUCGGCCUCACAAGGUACAAUAUUCUUCAAAACAAUGGGAACCACCAAGGUGUUUUCCAUGUACACUUUCAUCUGAUUCCAUUUGUUUCAGAGAGUGAGAGGUUGAAAAUUGAUUGGAAGACCAUGUCCCCAAGUGAUGAAGAGUAUUCAGAGAUUGUGAGGGAGGCUAGGCUGAAAGCUUCGCCAUGA